GACGGAGCCGCGUUUUCUCCCAUCUGACAAAAUAAGUACUGGAGGAUUUGACACAGGGUCGGGGGUCUUUAACAGGCAGUAAGACGUUCAUCUGGACGGACAGUGCGCUUUUGCUACGUCUGGACAGCGAAGGCAGGACGCACCCUCCACCACCGACUGGGAAAUGCCCCCGCGGCGUCCCCGACGCGCGCCCCAGGACCUCAGCCUCGCGCUCGCCCCCCGGGACCCGCGGGCGGAGGGCCCAGGCGCGUGCGCAGUGCGUCCCCGCGCCGCCGGCCGCGCGUGCGCAGUGCGUCCCCGCGCCGCCGGCGUGCGCCUCGGGAACCGUGCGCGCCGCCGGCUCGCCUGCCACCGGGCUGGGCGCGCCGGGGUCCGCGGCCGGUUGGCGGUUUGUGCUAGGAGAGGCCUGGGAGUGAUUCCUGGGUGGUAGGAGCCCCACACCCGUCGCGUCACGAUGAGGAGGAACAGUGUCCCCAACGGCCCUUGUUUUCCUGAACUCACCACCCUGGGUGUAUUUGUAAAUGAGGAAGCAGGCGAGGAGGCAGAGGAAGAUGAAGAUGACGAUGAGAAUGAUUCCAGUGGUCCCUGGUGGAAAGGGGGAGGUCACACCAACUCCAGCUGCGCAACAGCCUGGCCCACCACCACCUGCAACACCUUGUCCUCCUGUCCCCCGAGACGCACCAACGCAGAGCAGGGUCAGGAGUCGGGAGAUCAUGCUGGUCCGUCUGCGCCUCUUCCAAGAUCUUCCGCCAACGCUGCUGCUGGUGACCUCCUCCCUCCAUCUCCCGAAUCCACACGUGCCAGGAGGAUUGCUCUGGAUGUGCGCUACCAGGGUCCCACGUUGGCACCAAGAACAAACCAGGAGAGUUCCAGCUCUUCAGCAAGUCAGUGCACGUGGGCAGCGGAUUUGACUGCAAAAUACAGUUCUGUUUCAUCUCACAGUCUCUCAGCCUCCGUCAAUUUCGACAUUUCCGCCUCUGUCCUACUCUAUGAGUCUCCUUCACCUUCUCUAGGUCCGUGUUCCUCUCUGUGCCCUUGUGCCUCUAUGUCCCUGCCCCUCCCAGCGCCUGGGUACCCAAGCGUGCCUUUCUCUGCAUCUCUGUCUCCGCCUCCUGUAUGUCUGUAUGUCGGUUUUCUCCACUGUUUACUGAACAGUGCCUGGCUAAAAUGUUCUAUUUUUAACCUUCCAGUCAUGCGUGUUUCACUCCGCCUGGGUCUCGGAGGUUGUAUCUCUCCCAGGGUUUCUUAACUGCAGCACUAGUGACAUUUUGGAUAAAUCUGGAUAAUUUGGUGGCUGUGUGUGUGGGUGGGGGAGUGUACUGUCCUGUGCAUUGUAAGGUGUCUUGUAGCCUCUCUGGCCUCUAACCAUGGGAUGUCAGGAGCACACUCUUCCCCAGUCGUGAAAUGUCUCCAGACCUUGCCAAAUGGGUGGGGGAGAAGGGUACAAUUGCCCCUCGUUGAGAAUCACCCCUGCUUCUCUGAUGUUCCCUCUCUCUGUCUCUCCUCUCUCUAUCUGUCCCUCCUCA